AUGCUGGAGCAGCAGAGCGCGCACCACAUGCUGCAGCACCUGCCGCACCCAGGCGCCCACGCUGGCAAGGGAGAACAGACGGGGCAGGGGGAGCAAGGGCGCAAGGUGGUGGUGGUGUCGCUGGCGGCGCUGGCGGCCCACUAUAAGAUCACGCCCCUGCAGGCCUUCCGCAAGCUGACAUCGUUCCUGCAUUCACUGGGCGUGGCAGCAGUGUUUGACACGAGUGCCUCGAGGGACGUGGCGCUCAUCGAGGCCUGCCAUGAGUUCGUCUGCGCCUUCCGCCGCCACACUGCUGCCCAUGCCACCACCGCCCUUGCCUCUGCCCCUGCGGGCACCAUGAACGGGCCUGGCAGUGGCCAGGCCGCUGUGCCGCAUGCAUCCUCUGAUGACCGUGCAGCCGCAGGAGCAACACCAUUAGCACCAUCGGACAUGGUACCAACUGCACCUUCAACAGCGGGACGAGAGAGCAGUGUGGAGGCAGCACAAGAGUCUGGCCAGUCCGCCCCUCCCAAUGCCACACCGCCGCCCAUCCCCACUGACUCGCUGCCGCACCUGCCUGUGCUCGCCUCUGCUUGCCCCGGGUGGGUGUGCUACGCGGAGAAGGCACACGGGGAGUACAUCCUGCCGCACAUGAGCCGUGUGAAGAGCGCCCAGCAGACCAUGGGCGCCCUGCUCAAACGCUUCUACGCCUCCCAGCUUACCACCACCCCGGAGCAGCUGUACCACGUGGCGGUAGUGAUGCCCUGCUACAACAAGAAGAUGGAGUGUCCAGAGCAGCUAUACCACGUGGCGGUGAUGCCGUGCUACGACAAGAAGCUCGAGGCCGCCAGGGACGACUUCCUGCUGCCUGGGGGAGCGCAGGCGAGUGCGCAGGACGGGGGAGAGAAUACUCGAGAUGCAGAGGGCGGUGGGGAGCGGUUGACAGAGGUGGACUGUGUGCUGACGUCAGGGGAGAUCUUCGCUCUGCUGCAGGAGCAAGGAGUGGACUUCAUGGCUCUGGAAGAGCAUCCUCUCGACUCCAUGCUCACCAACGUUGACGCCAGCGGGCAUCUCUACGGGGUGGCGGGCGGGUCAGGCGGGUACGCGGAGGCCUUGCUGCGCUACGCAGCGCUGGAGCUGUUUGGUGUGCACGUGCCCCCGGGCCCGCUGGAGUGGCAGGCGGUGCGCAACGCGGACAUGCGCGAGUGCAGCGUGGCGCUGGACGGGCAGCCCGUGCUGAGAGUGGCGGGCACGGGGGGACUGGAGGUGCAGGAGCAUAGAGGUGCAGGUGUGAGUAUGGGGUGUCUGAAUGGAGGGGGCCAGCGCCCACCAGAGCAGCGCAAGGCACAGCCAACAAGGAGCUACCUGCAGGACCUGGAGGCGCACUACCUGGCUCAGGUGAGGGCGCACUACCUAGCUCAGGUGAGGGCGCACUACCUGGCUCAGGUGAGGGCGCACUGCCUGGCUCAGGUGAGGGCGCACUGCCUGGCUCAGGUGAGGGCGCACUGCCUGGCGCAGGUGAGGGCGCACUGCCUGGCUCAGGUGAGGGCGCACUACCUGGCUCAGGUGAGGGCGCACUGCCUGGCUCAGGUGAGGGCGCACUGCCUGGCUCAGGUGAGGGCGCACUGCCUGGCUCAGGUGAGGGCGCACUGCCUGGCUCAGGUGAGGGCGCACUGCCUGGCUCAGGUGAGGGCGCACUGCCUGGCUCAGGUGAGGGCGCACUGCCUGGCUCAGGUGAGGGCGCACUGCCUGGCUCAGGUGAGGGCGCACUGCCUGGCUCAGGUGAGGGCGCACUGCCUGGCUCAGGUGAGGGCGCACUGCCUGGCUCAGGCGAGGGCGCACUGCCUGGCUCAGGCGAGGGCGCACUGCCUGGCUCAGGGGAGGGCGCACUGCCUGGCUCAGGUGAGGGCGCACUGCCUGGCUCAGGUGAGGGCGCACUGCCUGGCUCAGGUGAGGGCGCAUUACCUGGCUCAGGUGAGGGCGCAUUACAUGGCUCAGGUGAGGGCGCACUGCCUGGCUCAGGUGAGGGCGCACUGCCUGGCUCAGGUGAGGGCGCACUACCUGGCUCAGGUGAGGGCGCAUUACAUGGCUCAGAUUUCUCUGCCACCACCCUUCUCCCAUUUCCUCCCCAUUCCCUCGGGCCUCGGGCCUUUUCUUGAGCUCAUGGCUCCUUGCCCGUUUGCCAAUCCGCUAGCCCAGCAGAUCUACUCGCAGUUGCUGGGCUCGCCUCUCUCCCCCUCCGCACAAGCUGUGCUGCACACCUCCUUCCAUGCUCGUCCCAAAACGCUUGCUCUCUCUGCACCUACACUUGCUGCUAGCUGGUAA